AUGGUACCGAAGGCUUCCUGCUCUAAAAAGCGGUGGAGGAAGCAGCAGCAGGAAGAGCAGGAAGCAGGGCCCCCAGCGGCCAUGGCUCCUCAUUAUCUGGCCGUCCCUAGGGGAGGCACAGGACCUUUGGAGGGGCUACAAGAGGAAGCCUCCAUUUCCCUUACAACAGCCCUCACAGUGUCCCUUAAAACCACUAGACCCUGCCAUUUGUUCACUGGAAGAGUUAGCCCAGGUGACAGGCCCAGGGUCAGAGGGCGGCAACGAGAGCGAGCACCGCCUCCAAAGGACGCCCUCGCCCUCCUGCAGGGCCGGUCCUGGUCCGAGCCAGCUGCGGGCGGCUUCGGGGAGCUGAGCCAGGGCCGGGCCGCCCGGCGGAUCAGCAGGCGCCUCUCUCCUGGGUUGCAGUUUCUCUGGCCCACGGCGCCCUCCCCGCCGGGGCCGCCCAACUGCAAGCCCCGCCCCGAAGGCGGGUGCAGCCAGGAAGGCGGGGCUUGGUGUCCUCAGGGCGCUGGCGCCAAGUUCAGAGCCGCGUGCUGGGCUGGGCGGUGGCGGCCGCGUCUGCAAGUUCUCCCUGUGCGCCGCCUGAGAGCUCGGGAGAGACGCGCCCUCAGGUCGGCCAAGACCGAGAGCAAGCGGGCGCAGGCAGCGGGGCCCAUCUCACUUCCACCUUUUGACCAGCUUCUGUGGAACAUCUCUACCCUGCCCUGCAGACUACCCUGUGACUGCUGGAAAUCCUCCUCUGUCCAGACCACUGUGGGCACAGUGCGGCUGCGCCCUCCUCCCCUUCACAGACACCAGCUGCCCUAG